CCCACCGCAGGUCUGCCCAGCGUGGGAAGAGUAUCAGGCUCAUUCUUGGGUCUAGGGGCGCCUGUCUUGCUCCCCACCCCAUGAACGGCCCCAGCUAGCCAGUCGCUGUGCUUGUUUCUUCGUUACCACGUCACUCUCUUGUGGAUUCAAGAUCCUUGUUUUGAAUUACGUGUGGGUUUUGCGUGCCAGCUGCCAAGUCUCUUCCGAAGAGCGCCGUGCACGCUGUGCUCUCCCUUGCUUCGCCACGCUUCGCUCUCAUCCUUCCUCUAAGGGAGCUCAGGGUGGGCAAGCUUUGGAGUUGUUGCCGUUUUUUAAGCCAACCGAGAUCACUAUGUUUGUAAUCUGGUUCUUGCAAGGUUGCCUGGUCGACUUCAGAGCGGAGCGAGAAUACUGAAUGAACAGAUACCUGACAGCUCUGUAUUAACUCUUUGUUGCCUAAAAGCAUCUCCUUUCCCUUGCAAUAUCUUUAAGAACCAUUUUGAAAAAUGAGCUGAAGAUCAUUUGUGCUAAGUGGAUAUAAAGUUCACCCUAGGAACGCUCUAAUGGAUGACAGGGAAUCUCCUACAAAUGACCUGCAGUUAAGUUUACAAGGCUCACUUCGUACCGACACACUUGUGGAAAAGAUCAAAGCUUGCUUAGCUUCUUCACCAGAUGAAAAUGAAAAUCAGCUUAAUGGAAGCAAGCAUGAUACUCUGAAAAGCAGUGACGACACAAUGGGAAAGGUUGAGCAGGACAGCAUUAAUAAUAAUGAGGACAGUGGAGACUACACGUCCUCCUGCCAAGAAGAUGAAAGCGAUAAGCCAUCUAGAAGCUUCGCUGCAGAUGAAAUGCUCAUUUUAGAAAAAGGUGACUCUGAAAAAAGGAGUUCAAGGAAAACAAAAAGUUCCAGCAGGAAAGCAGCCAAGCAAGAGAAGACUGGCAUUACAGCAACAGGUUCUACAUCAGAUGAAGAUGGAAACAAGACCAAUGCAAACUUUCCCCAAAAGGAUCCAACCCAGACUUUGCAGGCCCUCUUCUCUCUUCUCCGAGAAGAAUUUGAGCAGAUGGAUUCAAGAGUCCUCCCCCUGUGCCUCCAUGAGAUUGCUGAAACGUAUUUUCAAGAUGGAGAAUACGAGAAAGCCAUGAAAUUUAUUCAGCUUGAACGGUUAUAUCAUGAGCAACUACUUGCAAAUCUUUCUUCUAUACAACAACAGUGGGAAAAAAAAUGGAAAGCAGCAGCAUCUAACGAGGUUCCAGCUCUAAAACGUUCUGCUAAAGUCCUGAAUAAUGAAGAGUUAGACAAACUUGCUAAACUUUGCACAUCACAUCAAGAGCCGCUGGUCUUCCGAAGCAAGCUAAUAAGUAAAGAAAAAUCCCUGAAACGUGAGAGUUUUGUAGGGUUAAGGAUAUCUGAAGAUCUUAAGGAAAGAGGUGCUGCUGCAUGUGAUUCAGAUACUCAGACUUGGCCUGGCGCUGAACCAAAGAAAGAGAACAAUCGCAAAGAGAGUGAGAGGUGUGAGAGCUUCCAACCCGAAAAGCGUCAUAGGCUUGAAGAGAAGGCAAGUCUUCGACUCUCUGUGGGGAAGCACCACAUGGAGGAGGAGCGCUGCAAUGAUGAAUCAACCCUGGAGCCAGCCACCCAGCCCACAGAGACACUGGGGACGCCUCAGCCAGGCUGUUUAUCUACAAAGGAUGCUAGUGAAGAUGACGGUCUGCAGCCAAGAGAAGAGCAGUUCUCUGAGGAUGUAGCAAAAAUAGAAGCAGCUGCUGAGGAGCCUGCAGCAGAGUGCUCUAGUGAGCCAAUGGUAGACACAUUGGUUUUGACAGAUGCCGAUUAUAUGCCUCCUGAUCUAAUUUCCUCAGAUGAAACUGUUCAGUCUGAACAAAACUUACUCAGGUCAGCUGGCUCUAUUGUGAUUUCCAGUACUCAGUUGAGGAGCAACGUAUUAAGCAAGCACCAGCAACAGACAGCUUAUGGAAGUGAUAGGAAAUCUGUGCAGGGCAGAACAUCAGACAUUACCGGGGAUGUGCAGGCUGAAGGUAACAUGCCUGAACUGGACAGUGUUCCAUAUGAAGGGAUACAGGAGGAAACAGCAGUACUGGAAGAGGAAGGUGAAAAUGAAGAACCAGAAGACCUCUUUGAUCGGUUUUUAAAUGGUUGCAUAACAGACAGAGAGGAGUCCCUUAUAUGCCUAGCAAGCCAAGGGGACUCCGAAAUUCUUCCACAUAUGCCUCCUGAACAAGCACUUUAUAGUUCAUCGGAAGGUUAUUCACUGGAUGAAAGCUUUUCUUCACUUGAUGAACUUGCAAAACGAAUAGAGAUUGCAGAGACUGUUCCUGCGGAGGGGCUUGUGUCAAUAUUAAAGAAGAGAGAUGACAGUGAUGCUCAGAUCCAGCGGAGAGAGUCUAAAAGAAGAGUAAGAUUCCUAGAAAUGGAAGACACAUUUGACCAAGAGGAAGUUGGAGGUGGCUCCUGUGUUCUGCUGAUCUUAUUGUGUGUAGCAACUGUAUUCCUUAGUGUUGGAGGAACUGCGCUGUACUGCACGCUUGGUGACACAGAAUCUCCUGUAUGUACUGACUUUGCCGCCAAUAUGGACUUUUAUUAUACCCGAAUAGUGCAGGGUGUAGAGGAACUCAAGCACUGGCUAUCCUUCACAUAGAAGAAAUUGCUGACAGCUCACUGACAAUUGUUGAAGAGAGAAAAAUAUUUCAAGCUGCUUGUACCAUGGCACCUUCAGAAGAGGUACAGUGAAUGACAUAGGACAUAGGAAGUACCUCUGCUCAGGAGAUACUUUCCUGUAAUCAGGGGUGCAUAAGUGGAAUUCAUGCUGCUAUAUCAUGAGGCAGCAUGACGGACUGAUAAACUGCCCUACUGUUACCUUUGUGUGAUGCUUUCAACAGCGAUCCACCAACCUUAGGAAAUGAAGAAGAGAAAAAGUUUUAUCACCUACCCUACAGUUUCCAGUCCCCACAUAAUUGUAUGCAAUCCAUGUAAAUUUAGAGCAGGACUAUAUUGUCUUUCUGGCUGAUCAUGCAAAGAUGUUGUCUUCAACUAUCAUGCAAUAAGUCCAUAUUUUAUGGAAACGUACCUUAUUUGGGUUUAAUUACUGUUUGUCCUGAUUUUUAAUUGUCCUAGUGAGUUUUGUAAUUUUAUUCGAGUGGUGCAGCAGAAAUCAGAGCCCUCAGCCUAGUUGUUAAUUAAUUGUCUUGCAUUUCAGAUUGUAGCAGCUGUAAUGAGUGGAUGCCUCCAUUGCUUCAUAUACAGCUUUUUAGUUGUAGAUUCCUUAAAGGUGGACUUUUAGAGAACGUUUGCCACAACAAUAAAAAAUGGCAUUUUAAAUAAUUUUUACGGCCAAUAAAUGGUACUGUCUGCAUCCCUUGUAAAGGGCUACGUCAGAAAUUUCUUUUUUAGAUAUACAACUAUUACGUUUUAAGUGUACAUCUAAGAAUGAAAACAACACUUUUGCAAACACCACUAUCAUGUCCAGGGAGCCAUUAUCAGCUACACUUCCCCACUGAGUCUAUGCUCAGUGGCAAAUAUGGUUUCUUCUUUGUAGUGAGCAAAAUAAGCCUCAGUUUCAAAACUGGCUUAGCUUUAAUAAAGAAACUGAUUUCUCCUUGACCAAAUUAUGAAGGAAAAGGGAAAAAAUAAUUAAGAAAGCUCUGAAAAAUGCUUGCAUAUCAGCUUAAAAGUUGAGUAUCUGAUAUAUAUUCUCUCACCCAUGAAAAAGAUGAGCUUCAGUCUAUCUUGUGGUGACAGUACAUUCUUAGUUUUCCUUUUAGCUGAAAAUUUUGUUAAUUCCAUAACUGAAAACGACAACAAACACAGGACUCAUAACUGACACCUGCCGAAAUCUGUUUGGAACUUGGUUCUUAUUCAGUGUCGGUAAUUUUUUCUUUUUAAAUAUCCACUGCAUGCUGAUUCCUUCUAAUCUGCAUUUCUUAAGCUUUCUGAUAGUGAGACUAGAGAAAAGUUGGAUAAAAUCCACAAUUCUCUCCCUACCAAGAAGAAAUUGCUUAUAUAAUAAUCAGCCUGCUGGAUUAGGCCAGCGGCCCAUCUAGUCUAGCAUCCUGUUCUCCUGGUGGCCAACCAGAUGGCCGUGGGAAACCCCCUGCCAUUUCUAGCAACUGGUAUAAAUAUACAUUUGUACUGUAAAACUGGAAUAUAAUGUCUAUUUUUUAAAUUAAUGGUAUAAUCUGUUAGUUGAUAAUGAAAUUAAGGGCUUGAUUGAAGCUCUCAGUCAACAGUUAUGCUCGCAUUGGAGGAAGCGGGUGGGAAGGCAAUUUUUGCUAAUCUCUCUCCCCCAGAGUCUUGUGGAAUCCUCUGAAACAGGGUGGGAAGUAGUUUUGGGGGCAGAAGACAAAAGAGGGAAUUGGCGAAAAUCACCACCACCCCUUCCUUCAUGGGCAUCCUCUGCUGGAUCCCAGUUCUAAAAGGAAGGAGCCUUUCUGUUCACAGAGGGGCAAGUAUGGAUCCAACCUUAUCCAAUCUUCAGAAACCAGUUUCCAGGGCUCUAGUAGUGCAUUAGUGCACUAAAGAUGUGUGCAGAAUAUGCUAGUGGUGUAUGAUGCAGAGUGUACCAAUAUUAAGGCCUUAGCUGUGCAGAAAACAAACGUGCAAUGGCAGUGAAAGUUAAAUCGUGUAAACGGUGUUCUGAAUGUUAAACUUCACAAGGGAAGGCUUUGGGGCAUUUGAAAGGAUAUUCAUCUUAAUGUGAAUUGGUAAGAAAAGGAUUUGUUUUUAUAUCACGCUUUUCCUUCAGAAGAACGACAUGUUAACUACACUGGUAGUGCUUCUUCUAGGGAUGUCCCCUCUCUGCUAAGUGGCCGGUGUUAUGCAGCUAGAUUUUUUCUCCCCUGUCUCUAUCUAUGUGAUGAGAGAGAGAGAGAGCGCACACCUGGCACACCUGUUUAAUUAGCAGUCUGGGUAUGUCUUUUGGAUUGGAUCUCCUCUUUCUUCCCAACCGUUCUUGGAGAAGAUUCUUUUGCAUUUUGACCUCUGGUGCAACAAUCCCAUUUAGUUCCAUUGGCUGGCCAGCCUGCAAUGUUGGCAAAGCAGUUAGUUGUAGAGUUAUGCUGGCAUAGUUGUUGGUAUACUCCAGCCCAUGGUUAGGAUCCAAAGAGCUCCUUAGCUGCCUGUGCACAGAUCUUUCCACAUAAGCAUUGCCCUUUCUACCCCACCCCCACCCCCACCCCGGCUACAGUUUCUCACACCGCACCACCAGGGAUUGCUCUUGCAGUUCUCCAGGGUAUAGGAAGUCUUUUUGGUGGAGAGGAAACAGCUUUUGUAACUAAGGAUUCAGAAGCACACUUGUUCCCCCUCCCAACUACUAUAUUUGGAUUUCUUGGCCUGAAGAUUUAUGUGCUGACAGAGCAAAUCUUACAAUGGGAUAGUUAGCAAUUUUACGUGUUUUGUGUCUAAUGGGGCGGGGGGACCUUUGUUAUGUCUAAACACAGUUUUCCAUGUGCACUCCAAAGGCCUUUUGUGUUCCACUAUAGCAGUGCUUGAACUUUCUAAAAGGGAGGCAUGAAUUUUAAACCUGAUUACUGGCUGGUUCAGUACAUCACUUUUGUCUGCUCUUAUUAAGUUAGCUUGAUCUGUAAAGGAAUUUUCUUAUUAUUUUAUUUUGCAAUUUUAUGAUGGAUUGUUGAUGAGCAUGCCUUCUGUAGCUAUAAUGUUGUAUCUAUAAUUAUGUAGUUACUAUAUAUUUUGGGGUUUUGUAAUUUUCAGUUUGAUGUUCUGUUGGAUAUUAAUGUUUAAAGCAACCACGAGUUUCACCUCUGUUUUAAAUGUUUGUGCUCCUGAUCACCAAAAACAUUGAGAAUGAUAACUUGAAUAUUUUUUUUUUAAAGUAUGCCAUCAAGAAGCCUUGUACUUAGGUUCAUUUUGGCAGAAGUAAUGUUAAAAUUAUUUUUAUUGCACAUUUAAAAGAGAAAUACAACGCAGAUUUUAAAAUAUCUCACUUUGCACUAGGGUUGCCAGAUGCCCCUUUAAAAAAAUAUAUAGUUGUUUGAUUUUAGAUCAUAGCAGUACCAUAGAACAGAACUGAUCUCCUUUAUUUUGUAACCCCCUGCUCCACCAGACUCUGUAUAUUUUUGAAUUUUUACUAUGGCAAUCCUAUCAUUAUACUACCUUAAACUGACAUACUCUGCAGCCACAGAGCCCAGGCCACAGCACCCAUACUGCCCUUGUUUGAGGUGGAGGGCAAACAGAAUAGGCAGGUAUCCUGAGCUGGGUUUAGAGCCGUCUUAUGGUUGAUCUCAUUUAUUAGCACUAUACGGAAGCAGUCUCAAUUUUUUGACCAUGUUGCAUGUGCUGCUUCAUCUCUCUGCUGAUCACGUGAUCCUGACCUGUAACUAGAUAUUCCAGUUGGUUCAUAUAAGAAAUUAAAACAUCAGUAAAACGUUGGUACUAAUUCUUGUUUAGUAUGAUAGUUCACAUGCUGUGUGGUGACCUUUCAGAUGGUUGGCUGCGUAACACAAUUUGCUCUACCUGGCCUUUAAAAUACGCUGAAGUUGCUCUCCAUAGUAUCUCAGGCUCUGAUUCUGCAAACAUUUUAUGCAAAUGUGACCAAUUUGAAAGAGAAGGCUCUUGUAUAAAGCUAUGUUGGGUCUCAACCUCCAUGUUGAAACCGCUCUAAAUGAAAAGCGCAUCUCCAAAUUGCUGUGGAAUUGAGAGGAACUAGAAGGUAGGAAACUGUUUUUCUCUUUCAUUGUAAUUCAUGUAUGCAAAAGGCCUUGAGCUAUAACCAAUUUCUUAUGGUUGUUUCCUCCUAGUUGUGAAUGGCUGGGUCUUGUAAAUAAAACUAAGUGUGAGAGAGCAGAAAGCUAGGACAAUACAAUUAGAUUGUUCCAAAUUAUACUAUAAUACAUGGGAUGUGGAACUUUUAUAAAUUUAUAUAUAAAAACAAUUGGCUGAAUAUUAAGCUACAUUUGUUUAAAAGAAAAUUCUAAUUGCUUCUACUUUAAUAAGGCACAUUUCGUCCAAUCACUGCCUCCCAGCUUGCUAAUCUUUAUACAGUAUAUUGUACAUGUGUGUGAUUGUGCCUCAGUGGAUGUGCAAUCAGUUACUGCCAACAAUGGGAAUGCCUUAAGCUUUUUUCAGUAAAACGCAAGUGAAAAUCCUAAAGCCAAAUUGGGUUUCAAGUUGAAUUUUGUUAGUCUACUCUAGCUAGCUCACAUACUAUUGAACUUCCAAUAAAAGGGCUGUUACACUCGUAAGAAUAAGAAAACAUAGCAAUUUAACUUCUGCUACUGUGUAAAGUCAAGGCAAAUCAAAGUCAAUAAUAGAUGUGAUAAAUCAAACCUUAGCUACUAAUAACAUGGGAGGAAAUUACUAUUUGAAAGCAUCAACCAAGCUUGUGAUUUCUAAAUAUAACGAACAAAAAUAAAGUGUCCCUGAGAAAAUGCA